GCCACCCUGGCGCCCCCCCCACACCAAGGGCCCUCAUUUCUGCUCAUUAAACUACUGGGUGGCAGCUUGAAGCUGAAGUCGGGCAAGUCCAACCCGGAGGCCACAUGGCGGCCUGGAAGCCAGCACGGAGACAUGUCCCAUGACUGCCGGGCCUCGUGGGUGGAAUUCGAGCAUGCACUGCCUGUGACCACAUGGGUGUCACUUCAGAUAAGGGCUCCUAUCGCCUGGAAGUCCAGACGGAAAGGGUGCUUCCCCCACAGUCACUGCGGAGUGGGACUCAGCCAACAUUGCCUCAUGCCUCUCUGGUGCGACAGAUCGGCCUAUCUGUCCCUGAGACUAGUCCCUGCCCCUCCUAAAGAGAUGGAGCAUUUCAACCGGACCGAGGCACAGCACGUGAGAAGAGCCGCCUGUGACGGAUGCCAGCAGACCCUGUUCCCAGCGAAUGACAACUCUCCGGAAGGUGAAGGGAGGAGCUACCCCACUGCUGAGCGCCAGAGUGGACCUGGGCUAGACUCCAAUGCCUUCGUGCUGCAAACGCAACAGCUGAGGCCCUGGGAGCAGCAACGGUCAGGAAAAGCUUCCAGCUGCCAGGCAGCUGCGCCCCUCAACGGCGACAUCUCUCCUCGUGUCAUUAAUACCCCUUGGCCAAAACGAGUGAAGUGUUUUCAGCGGUUCAAUAACUUGCCUAAGGUUACCUGCUGCACGGGGCAGAAUCGGAAUUCCGUUUCCCAGGGGUCCUGGCCCCCCAGUCCCUAGGAAUCACGUCUGGAGGAAAGGGGCAGGGGCGCGGGUGGGGGUGUCCGGGGAGCCUGAGGACUAGGAGAUACCUGGAGAAGUGGCGACUCGCUUCCCGGAGGACCAGAGCGCGCUGGCUGGCUCCGAGCACUCGGCGCGCCCACCGGAGCCCCGGCCCUCGCAGGGAGGAAGCCGGGAACCCUCCUCCCGCCGCACCCCCGGCAGGGAGCCCCUUCUCAGCCCAGACGAGCUCACCCCGGGCCGCCCUCCCAGAAGCACGGCCCGACGGGGGACAGAGGGGG